CAGGGGAGAGUGGUGGAGAGCUCAUUGGAGAGAGCCAUGGGAAGCAGCGGCAAACGUUCCAAAAGAGGAAAGUUUUCGUGCUGCUUCUUCUUCCUCAACAUCUUCAAGUCAUGGAAGCCAUCACACGACACGACGGACGACGAAGCGGCCGGUCACGGAGGAAGGGAAUACGAGGGCAUUUCCGAGUGGGAAGUGGAGCCUGGCAUCAACAGGAAAGCUUCUGAUUUCAUCAAGAAAUUUCAUGAAGCUCAAAAAUGAAUUAUGAUGAUUGUUCUAAAUUUAGCUCAAGCAAUUUCAGAAUAUUUUCGAUGUAUGUAGUUUACUAAAAUAAACUCCGCUUUUGUAAUAAAAAACUGUGUUGUUCUUCGAAUUUACUUUUUUGUUUAUUCACUUUUAUUUUUUGCAUUUAAGUAGUCUUGCUCCUACUUGUAACCAAAAACCAUAAAUCCUAAGUUAAGAG